AUGGCUUACAUAGGAAGAGGAAGAGGACGAGGAAGAGAGAGUGAGAGUUUAGAUAUCGAGAGGUUUUCAGACACGUUGAAGCCAAAGAAGAAGAAGUCUCAUGAGAGAGGAUCUUUCUAUGACUAUCUUGUUCUUAGACCUGAUAACUUCCCUAAAGAACUUCUUGGAGAUACUCCAAGAGAACGGCCUGUGAAGAGAGCUAAAUGGACUCAAGACGCAGAUCUGCACAAGUUGGUGGUUUUGGAGAAGCUUGAAGCAAAGCUUAAGGCUGAAGGGAAGGAAGAGAAGAAAGAAGGAGUAGGUGAUGAUGAAGCUGAAGAAUGUGAGGGAAAAGAUUCUGAUAACGGAGAUUAUGAUAAGAAUAAAGACUUUGAUGAUGAUGAGGAUGAUUAUAACGAGCCGGAAGAUAAUGAUAAUGAAGAAGAGUACUAA